UUAAGGAGAGUGUCUACACCAACGGUUUGGCAGACGAAACCAAGGAGACGAAGUGAAGUAAACCAGCAACCACCUCUCUCCAACACUCCAACAUUUUUUUCGCAAGGACUACUGUGGAUUUUUAAACCUUUUCGACUUCUCCCAAUGACAAUUUUUGUGCUUUGGUGAAGUCCAGGCAACACAGAGUAACAUUUGGACGUGCGUAAUUUGGAGAGUUUAUUGCCACACGGCGUCAGGAUGCGCGUUUGUCCGCUGCUAGUCUUCCUCUGUCUGCUGUGCGCUGGACGCGCUCAAAAGUUCUCUGCUCUCACGUUCCUGCGGGUGGAUCAGGAUAAGGAGUGCAACAUGGAAUGCACCGGAGCUCCCCGCAAGCCCCUGUGCGCCUCCGACGGCCGGACCUUCACAUCUCGCUGCGAGUUCCUCCGAGCCAAGUGCCGUGACCCCCAGCUGGAGGUCAUUCGAGGGCCAUGCAAAGAUACAUCCAGAUGUGUAGCAGAGAAGAAGUACACCGAGCAGCAGGCUAAGAAGCUCUUCCCGCAGGUCUUUGUGCCUGUAUGCAACCCUGAUGGCACAUAUAGUGAGGUUCAGUGCCACAGUUACACCGGAUACUGUUGGUGUGUCACCCCCAAUGGCCGACCCAUUAGUGGCUCAGCAGUGGCCAAUAAAAAACCUCGAUGCCAAGGUUCAAAACACGAGAGAGCUACUACAAGAGAGCCAGGUAAAGCAGAUGAGACCGGCCUAGUGGUGGAUCCACAGCCUGCUGGCGAUGAAGAAGACAUCAUUUCCCAGUUCCCCACUCUGUGGACGGAGCAGGUUCGCAGCCGACAGAACAAUAGAACCAGAGCACCAUCCUCAUCCUGUGACCAGGAGCAGCAGUCUGCCCAGGAAGAGGCGAAGCAGCACAAGAACGAUGCUGUAAUCGUACCAGACUGUGCCCAUGGAGGACUGUACAAGCCAGUCCAAUGCCACCCCUCCACCGGCUACUGCUGGUGUGUGCUGGUGGACACGGGACGGCCCAUACCUGGGACUUCCACCAGGUGGGAGAGACCGCACCUAUGGUAUGAACAGCCAAAGUGCGAUGGCAAUGCCAGGGCCCACCCGACUAAACCUAAGGACCAUUAUAGAAGCAGACAUCUCCAGGGCUGUCCCGGGGCAAAGAAAACAGAGUUUCUGACAAGUGUUCUUGACGCGCUGUCAACAGACAUGGUGCACGCCGUCACAGAUCCAGCAUCCGCCGGAAGGAUGGCCGAGCCCGACCCCAGCCACACCCUGGAGGAGAGGGUGGUCCACUGGUAUUUUAGUCAGCUGGACAAAAACUCCAGCGGGGACAUUGGAAAGAAGGAGAUCAAGCCUUUCAAACGCUUUCUGCGCAAGAAAUCAAAGCCAAAGAAGUGUGUAAAGAAGUUUGUGGAGUACUGCGACAUUAGCAACGACAAGGCGCUGUCUCUGCAGGAGCUGAUGGGUUGCCUCGGGGUGACCAAAGAAGAGGGGGCCAAACCAGUAGAGGGUUUAUCUUCCAGUAAACUAAAUCCCUCGAAGAAGCAAGGCUAAGCCAACAUCUGAGAUUUCCCCUCCCACAAGGAGAAUCUGCCCUUACCAAUCGGCAAUAAUGGAAACCAUAGUAUUUGCACUUUGUACUUUAAAAAAAAAUAAUGUAAAUUCACUUUGUAGAAAUAAGGUAUUUAAACAGACUGCUGAAUCUGUGAAUGAUGUAGUUAGCUUUUUAUGUCCUGACAAACAAAACUUAUUUAACACAUACAAUGUAUGUGUCCUUUGUGUGUCUAAAAAUUAUACUUUUCAGAGUUGUACAAGUUUUCAUUUUUGAUGUUGCAUUUUGUGCUCCUUUCCCCCAGUGUACUUUUCUUCUCACGUCGAUGAUGGUAAUGUGGAUAUAUGAAUAGUUUGCUACAAUAACUUAGACCAUGCCAUCUCUCAUGUACUGACCUAUAGCAUCUCUUAUCGUGCUUUGUACAGCAGUUUGCAAGAAUGUUUUAAACAUACAUCAUAAAAAAAAAGUCCUACAUGUUCACAUAUAUUCAUGUUUAUUAGAAAUAAAGAACUCUUUAAUACA